AUGAACAGAAGGACUAAACAGAAUAUGGGCCACGACAAAUCUGCUGGUAGCAACACGUCUCAAGAAACAGUAGAAUCAGUAGAGCCAUCAGGUGCUCAAAUUCAAGAGCCUCAAAAUAUCAGGUUUGAUAGCAUAUUUGGAUACGAUGAUUCAAGCCACGGUAGCAUCAAUAGUGCAAAACAUGCGUCAUGGACAGCAUACAAAAACAGGCACGAUGAUAGUGGUCAACCCACAGCGACACAGCAGUCAAGUGGUCUAAACCAUAUCAUGGAACAGCAGUCAGUCAGUAUUGAAGAGAGUACAAACCCAGUACAAGAUCCUUUAAAAUAUAAAGUUACUACUUGGAAGUUUCCUGUACUAAAUUAUGCAGCAAUAG